AUGGCGGCUAAGAGUAGCGUUCCUACUUUCAACACUCUUAAGGAGUGUUUGGAGUUCUUGCAAUGGUUGAGAGAUCGCAAAGGUGUGCAAGGUCAGCUGGGAAGUCGACUGAGGAGACUUCUUGAGAAAAUGUAUAUCAGUGUCAAUCCAGUCCAAAUAGAGGCUGCACUCUCCAUAUUCUUAAAUAACGCAACUGCGUUUCAUGCAAAAUUAUGCCAAUCUCCCAAGGGGUGGUACACGGGUGAAAAAACCGCUAAAAAUGCCCUCAAUGCCCUCUUCCAGUGUAUACCGAAAUUUCUAGCUGCGAUAUACUUCUUGCGGUAUCAAGUAGACCCGAACUUUUCCGCUAUUGGUGGAGGGAGCUGGAGGGAUGAAUCGGUUGGGAUGAUUGAACUGUACGCUAGAAUGCGCCUGCCGUUGGAUACAAUUAUCAAACGAGCCAAUAAUUUUGAGAAGUAUCUCAUUGCGCGAGAAGGAUAUGAUUACGGUGUAAUACCUGGUGGAUUUGGGGCUGGGGAGUUGAAACCUGGUUACAAGAAUGGCUAUUCCCCGGCUAGUCAGAUGGCAGGUGACCUUGGAAAUCUGCUGGACAAGAAUCGUCAUGAAAACAAUAUGUUCCUCGAUGUUUAUUCCACUACAGUAUUGCCAAACUCCGGAUACGAUACUGCGAAUAUUGCCAACGCCCUUCGUUUGGUACAAGAUUUUUGUAGAAUAUUUGCAGAGGUGAGAGAUGAGCAAGAUUUUAAAAGCCAUCUAUACUCGAAGGAUAGAUGCAUGAAUAUGAGGGAAUUAAAAGACCAUUGCGCCGAGCUUAAAAGGCCUCUUGAAAAAAUUUUCACUGGUGGACGGUUUUCCUUCACCGGCUACGGGCGGCAAUAUGAUAAGUUAAAAAAACAUAAUAUUGCAAAGAAAAUGGCAAGCUGGUUUAAAAAAAAUUUGAAGGAGGUGAAACAGAAGUUGCAAGUAGUUCAACCUAUUAGCAACAUAAAAAAAUUAAAUAGACGAUCAUUACGGAAAGGUGCCCCCCUUCCUUCAGAUGUUAGAGCAGAACUUGAAAAAUAUUUUACCAACAACUUUUUUAGUUACGGAUUCACGUUCUAUGGCUACGACUUUAGAAACUGGAGCAAUAUGUAUGACGUUUUAAAAACGGAUUGGUUUGAUGUAAUCGAUGAACUUAAAAUAAAAAGUGGAGGCCUGGAUAAGCUUGUGGACAUUUUGAAUGGCAAAGAGUGUAAGUUAAAGGAAGAUAAAGAUAGAGAAAAAAAAGAUGGAGAGACAGGAAAGAAGGAUAGAGAUAAAGAACACAUAGAUAGAGAUGAAAAACCUGAUGCUUCGGACGGAGAUUCUGAGGAUGAAGAUGAAGCGUCCGAGGAUGAAGAUGAUGAAGAGUCCGAGGAUGAAGAAGAUGAACCGUUGCAGGAUUCAGAUGAUCCGUCUACCGUUAAAACCGAAGCAACUAAAACCGAGGCCGCAAAGCCUGUGGUCACCAAAGCCGAGGCAACUAAAACUGAUAAUGCGGAGCCUACUGCACACCAGGUUGCGAAAUCCGAUGGAUCUUCAAACCAGGGCAAGAAAGCGGAGGGAGCACAGAACCAGGGCAAGAAAGCGGAGGGAGCACAGAACCAGGGCAAGAAAGCGGAGGGAGCACAGAACCAGGGUAAGAAGGAUAAGAGAGGACCAGAUGAUGGUCAAAGUGAUACAACCGUUUCUAGUUCACCAGUUGCACAGCCCGUACAAACUCAGGAUUCAAGUGUUCAAAGUCCGGGCCCUGCACCAUCUGGUGCCCAUGAUCCCAGUAGUGGGCAGGAACCAGGCGGCCAGGGGUCCACUUCUGAUGCUGUUCAGCAGAGUAGUCAGGAGGUUCAGACCGGUGCACGUAACAGUGCUCCAUCCAGACCCCAGCAAUCUGUUACAAGCAGCGGUGGAGCUGGAGUGGGUGGGGGGUCAGGAGAUCCUAGGAGUUCUGGGAAGUCUAACACGUGUUCGGGUAAUAUGAUAUCAUCUUCCUACCUUGGAGAUGGUAAAAUAUGUUUUUCUAAGUCCAAUGAUGACGAGGACAUAAUCUGGAAUGCCCAAAGGCAAAGUAUGCUGGAAGAUCAUUAUAAAAAUGAAGCUAAAACCCUUGUACGGAUGCAGACUCGGCAACAACGCAACCAUCCACCAACGCAGUCCAGGUAUACUUCAAUUCUUCCAAAUAAGCCUAGCCUUCACGCCUCCAGACCGCCUCAGCAAAUCGUUGGCCGUCCUCGGAAUGAAAACCCGUACAAUGCUCCACAGGAGAGGGAUGCCGAUCACUGGGAUGGAAGUGCCAUAUUUCUCGAUGGUAGAUCGUUUACGAACCCAGUAACAAGCCAGAUCGCAAUGGAAAAGGCAUACGAAGCAGAACAAAAAAAAUACGCUCACGAAUGGCGAGCCAAUAGGAAUAAGUUUCUAGAUAAUAUGCAGAAACGGAUGAUGAUAGAGGCUGAAGAUGAAAAACAGCGGCAAAUUAAGCAGAUGGGAGAUUAUCUAAGACAUGUUAACGAGCAUGAUAAUGCUUCUUCGGGACCUUUCGCCGGUUAUCCAGUUAAGCAUCGGCCGAGUGCACUACCUAUUCCCUCUGCCCGACAUAAAUUACCUUCUAUUAUCGGCAGCGCAGUCGCCGAUACUACACAACAUGUGGAUGACCGUAAGACGGAAAAUAACUUCCAAAACGCAAUGCAACAAAUUAUUACAAAAAAAAGGUCCGACGAUCGGAAGAUAAGUGAAGCGAUACAUGGUGCACGUGAUCGUAUUGAAAAAUACGAAAGAGAAGCAGAGAAUAGAUUCAAGUCGGAGUUAAGAACAAAGGAAAUCAUUGAACGUAUCCGAAAAAGGAAUGAAAAGCAAAUGCAGGCCGCCAAUGAGCUUGACAAAAAUUUUGAGAAAACUACAGAAGAUAUAUGGAAAACUCAACUGCAGCAAAACGUGGAACAUAUAGAAAACGAUGUAAAAAAUGAAGAUGCCAAAAAAAGAUUACAGCAAAAACGUUCGGAGCAAAAAAAGAAAUUAGAGCAGCAAAACAUUAGUGUAGAUCCCCCAACAUCUACUCCCUCCACCCUUCCAAGUCAACCCAGCCGUCCCGCUCCCGCACCUUCCGGUCAGAAUACCGUUGGCCCUGCUGGUCAUAGGCGUGAUUACUAUGACCCAAAAUAUAUCACUCGGCGUACUAAAGACGUUCCUCCUUUACAGGCUCCCGUUCUAGAGGGUAUGGAAAUAACCAAUAAAUUGAGUGACCCAGCGCAGGAAUGGGAACGUAAGCAUUGGGACCAAUGGAAAUUGGCUGAAGACUUCCGAAAGGCGAAAGAGAAACAAGAGGAGGAACAAUUUAAGAAAAGCCUAAAAGAUGCCCAGCAAAAGGCAGUUAAUGAUCUUAACAACAGCUGGCCACGCCAGGAGUUACAGGGAAGUGGCCUUAGUAAGGACGCUUGGUUUAGUACUCCUCUAGAUGGUCAGAGCAUUGCACACCUCAGUAAACCAAAUAUGACACUAGAUUUAGUCGAGAACACUGGCAUUGAAGGACAGAUACUCGUCCCUCAUCAGCCCACGCGGUUACCUAGUCUACCGUUUCCACAGCAACUUUUUCCUUCCCCUCCUCAACCCAGACCAUUACAACCUCGACAUUCCAAUCAUGCACCGAAUAUGAACGCGUACGCUAGUGAUAUUACGACUUCAUUUGAAAUACAAAACAGAAAUUUCACGAGGCUUCCCGACCUAGUCACCAUUGACGACCCGAACAUGGCAAAUAUGACAGACGUAACCGGUCAACCGGUUGUCGGUGUCAACGGAAAAGUGGACAUAUCACACAUUCCGAGUGACAGUCGGCUGAAUGACGGAGACUCAUACCAUCUGGUAGGACAAGAAGUACAGGAUGAUUCUACAAUAAAGCGGCGACAGCAGGAUCUCCUAAAUCUACAAAAUGAGCAGCUGGAAAUAGAUUUUCAAAAUGAACAACGUGAACGUGAACUGCUAACGCUUAAACAAGAAUCAGAACACAUAAACGACAAACAAAAAGAAUUAAUGCAAGCUGCACAAGUAGACGCUGAUCGCAUACGUGCGUUCAAUGAUUCACAGUUUGACAUCUCUAGUGCCCCUGCACCCCAUGUAGAGGACCCUAAAAUCGAUUUUUCCAUCCAAACAUUUCAUUACGAAGAUCGCCCUUUUAACGACGUGGACCUAGAUGACCCUUAUGCCAACACGGCGGAUAUCCUUAAAGACGAGUUAAGACCUGCAGAGGAUAAAGGCUUCUCAGGCAUUCCCCAGACUAAUUUCGAUCUGAACUUUGCGCCGGAACGUAUCGGACUUGAGGGGUACGAUGAUCCCGGGAUGCCACGUGACUCUCCAAGGAAGGCAGAUGAACGUGUUAUUACUCCAUUCGGCAAAGAUGAAUGUCUCAACCCUUGGUCCAUUGACACUUCAUCCACUGAUACAACCUCUCCACCUGCCUCCGCUCUCCCACCCACCGACCAUCUGCCCACGCCCAAAACAGUGCGAGAAAUGCUCUACUGGUUUGUGGGAUUGAAUACAUAUGGUCUUAUUGGGACUAUUCAGAAGUAUGUUGAAGGCAUUUUUAAGGAUUUUAAAGGUGAUGCCAUCGAGGUCACCGGGGAUCCCGACCAGCUGACCACUUCCUGUGUCACCGCCAAACUGACCGAGGCGUGCCUCUACUCGGCCACCGUUAUCUACAGGGUUAGGCAUAACAAUGACUUCAAAGCCUUUGCUACCUUCGACUUUGAAUCAGUUUACAGUCAAUUUCGUUAUUCCCCCGACCCCGCCGGUCUCCUCUGCCAGCUGCGUGACUACGUGUACGCCUGCCACCACCAGUUGCAGUUCCUGAAGUCGCAGUGUAAUCGGGACAAAUCCCUUGGUGGUUGGCAGAAUUGUAACUACGGCAGUGACAUCACUGCUUCUAACUCCCCCCUCCAGGCGUUCCUGACCGACGGCUGGGACUCCACCUUCGAGACGCACCUCUUCGACCCGUGCAACCUGUGCCUCAAGAGCCGCGUCAGGAUGGGAUUUAGGGAUGAAGACUUACCGAGUAGUCAACAAACAGGCAACACCCUUUCCACUAUCCUCACUCCCAGCUGCGGCGGUGAGGACCCCUUGCUGACACUGUGCUCCUACCUCAACUGCCUCACCAGGCGGACGCCGCGCACCACCGGGGAGCUUGUGUCGUUCUUCCACAAUUUCGGGAAUGAGAUGCACGGGUAUGCUUCAAAGUCAUUGUCUCCACUAGGAAACUCACUCCGCACUCCGCAUCUCGACUGCCCUGACUGGGACCAUCUUGGUCGCCACGACCUCCAAGCUGUCAGUGGCGUCCGAGGUACAGAGUCUCUCAACUCCGUCUCCAAUCACAACCACGACAAUGCACAUCCCCGUACCCUGUCCACACUGGUUGGCUGCGGUAGUGACCCUGACAGCUGCCAUCCACGUAUGUCUCCCAUCACCUACCGGGCCUACGCCCUGUACUCCCAGAGCUUCGCCCACACCUACCUCAGCUGGACGGUGUACCUGCCGGACAGACUGUGGGAGUCACUUGAAAAAAUGUACUAUGAUCUAAAGAAGCAUAAUUGCUUCGAUGGCAAAUCCCUCCACUCAUGUCCCGUUGCGCUGCCCCUCCUCUACACUCACGGGUUCACGCCGCCGGAGGUGGGAUCGCAGUUGCCACUCACAUGUCAACAGAUUAUCGCAAAGCUGAAGGAAAUUGUCAACGGCAAGCCUAUCGCAUCACUCAUGACUGCCAUGGACAAUUUCCUCUACAACAUCCGAGAGCCAUUCAUCUUCACGCUCGUCGCACUGUGGUCCACAGCAUUACUCAUCUUCGCCAACACGAUGCUGUACCGCAUCGACAUACUCCACAUCCGAUCACACCUUAUCCGCACCAAGGCCUCCCAUCUCAUCGACGUCAAGGCGCUGCUCUCCGACAAUAAGAAGAUGAUGUCCCUGUACGACGCCAAUUACUUCGACGACGACCCCAACGAGCUACUCAACUUAAAGUAG